ACAACGGAAGGUUCACUGUAGAGCAGCUUUCUGGCACCAUGAAACGCUGGCUGGCUGGAUGAACGUUUAAAAUCUUUCUGUUCAUGAGUGGGACAGCGAGUGGACUUUUCAGGGGACAUGGAUCGACAAAUUGUACAGGCGGUAUGCGAUGAAGACACAAUGUCGUCCAACUCGGUGGGUAUGUCAGAUCUGUCCGAUGAGAUCCUGCUGUGCAUCCUGCGCCAUGUUCCAGUGUGUGACCUGCUGCAGAAUGUGGCAAAUGUCUGCCACAAGUUACAGACACUGUGCCAUGAUAAGACCCUGCUCACACAUGUCAGCCUGUCUGAGGAGUACCAGGCUGAUGAUCUUUUGGUCCGGCACAUAUUGAAGCAGCUAGCCAAUUACGUGCAGUCUCUGAGCCUGAAUGGUUGCUACUGGCUGUCUGGCUCUACCAUGGAGCAUCUUGCUCGCUGCAAGGCAGUGACUCACCUCGAUGUCACCGGCUGUCGCCUCACUUCCCUUCGUCUGUCCCGUCUCCUCUCCUCCCUCUCUUUACUUAGAUCACUUGCUUUUGAUGUGACACCGGGCUUCAACUCUGCUCAGCUCAGUUCAGAGGCGGUGGGUUCACUGAGCCGCCUGUCGGAGCUCAGACAGACGCUGUUGACACCGAGUUAUGGUGUGGUGCCAUGCUGCGCCCAGCUCCGCAAGCUGAUGCUACAGUUUGACAUCCCAGACGUGACCAGAGAGGGUGUCGGUGUUUGCUGUCAGUUAAUGGUGGGUCAAAGCAGUGUGCCACAUUACCAGCAACUGGAGGAGUUCACUGCUAGGCUGGCUCCAGGAGAGGUAAACCAGACCUUGCUCCUUCUCUACCUGGCAGUAUUCAGUGUUCAUGUUCCUAAGCGUCUCAGAGUUUUCCUCGUCUCGAUUCCUGGCCCAAACCCUGCUCACUGGCCUGCUGCCCCCUCACUGGCUCAGAGCUUGGGUCAACGAGGUGACCUGGAGGCCCUGCAGCUCCCACGGUCCUGGCUGGAUUCCUUGUCACUAAAGAGAGCUCUGGAGGGAAACAGUCCGAAGCAUCUCAGCUUCAGCCGCUGCCCGGCGUUGUGGCCACAGGUGUUCCAGUCGCUGCUGGAGGGAGGAGUCAGAGAUGCUACGCAGCUGACCAGCCUGAACCUCAGCGGGAUCAACCAGGUCCUGUACUCAGAGUGUAGGAAUGUGGAAGAUCACCUGGUUCCUGGGACAAUAAGCCGGUUGGCAGAUGGCUGUUCCAACAUUAAACACCUGAACCUGAUGCACACACACUAUCAUCAUGAACACUCGCCUGGGCUGGGUGGGGAAACACACCUGUGUGCCAGCUUGGUCAAAUUCAGACACCUGCGUGCUCUCACUCUGCCUGCCUGCACUCUGUCAGAUGGCUUAAACACACAUCACAUCUCUACAAACAACACAUCUCACUCUCCGUUGUUCCAGGGGCUAAAGAAAGCUGCACGUGUUGGACUCCAGAACUACAAGCCUGAUUCAGAGUCUUCUUUGUCAGGGGACAGCACCUCAGGGCUCGCUCAGCUCUUAGCUGGCUGCCCUUUUUUAGAGACCUUAGAGGUCAUUGGCCCAGGUUUUGUCUCUGCGCUGCCUCGACUUGAGCCCUGCACUCGUGCCAGUGUUGAGCCCCGUGGUAUGUGUGCGUGGGCUCGAGGAGUUGGCGAUGCGCAUUUAGCUGCACUUGAGGCUUUGCCUCGAUUACGCCGUCUGACUCUGGCUGGGCUUCCUGGGGUUUUAAGAGGGACUGGACUGGUACAGCUGGCCAGGCAGUGCAGAGACCUGAAGGUCUUAUCCCUUGCCAACAUGGGAUCACUAAAAACCAUGAACUACACCCCUGCCUUGCUGGACACGCUUAAACAGUGCACACAGCUGCAGGAACUCAGGUUAGAGCAGCCCUACCUGAAUGCCAACACAUCGUUCUUUGAGGCACUGUCCUCCUGCUCUCGCCUGCAGCGUCUCUGCCUUAUCUCACGCAGCGGCACCUUCGACCCGUCAGCCACAGAAAGUUUCAUGGAGCAAUGCUGUCAUGUCAUCAUGUGCCACAUGUUCAUGGGCGGCACCUUGGUGGCUUGUCGCACACUGCAGAAAGCUCUGCUGGACAGAUUUUCAGUUGAGCGCUCAGCCCUGAGUGUUGUCAUCUAUCCAUUACAACAUGAGGACCUGCCUUCAGUCAUCAGAGAUAUCCCACUAACGCUGCUGGAUCGGAUAACGUUGUUUCAGAGCCAUGUGGCCCAACCACCACAUUUAUCACCACUGUGACAUCACCAGAAAGUUUCAGUGUGAUUGGUGCUCAACAGCUGGGGUAUUCAGACUGUUUUCUUUCAGCAGGAAAAAAAAAUCACACAGGAAAGAGACUGAUUGUCAUUUGCACUCUGAUUUCUGAUUGUGUGAUCUGUUACACCAACAACGGUUACAGCAAUACAUAAAUAAUGCCUGUUUACAUUUACAUGACUCAGUAAUGGUGAUUUUCAAAGGGAAACUUACUUCAGCUCACCUCCACAGGGAGGUAUAAAGUCAGGGUCAGCUACAGAGUGAUGCUCUGGAGCUGGUAGGUAUUUUUAGCCUCUCGCUCCACAACAUUUCAUAUUUGGUGCCAUGAAGGUCUAAAUUCUGUCUUCUCACACAAAAGUCUGCAAUUUUGAAAAUAAGUGCCAAAAAAAAGUGUUCUGAAACUUUGAUGUUGUAAUAAACUCCAUAUAAAUUAUUUAAUAAUUCUUGUCUGUGCACCAACACCAGUGAUGACAUGCUUGUGCUGUGGCCCAGUCUCCACAACUGUGUCAAGUAAG